AUGCGAAUAUCUAACAGUUUGGAUUUAUCAAAGAAUGAUCAAUUAUCAGUUGUUAUAAUUCGAAAUUUUACACAAGAAGUUUACGCAAGUACAUUUCGAAUAUUAACUUUAAAAUCUUUGCCUAGUUUACAAGUUUUCAUGUUGGAAGAUAUACCCGCAUUACGGUCCUUAGAUUUAUCAUUAAAUCCAAGUUUAACUGAUAUUACAUUUAAUAAUGUAAAUGUAACGAGUUUAGAUAUGAGUCAAUGUCAAUUGUAUGAAUUUCCUAUGGAAAUUUUAAAAUUUGGAUCUUCAUUAGAAAAAUUAGAUUUAAGUCGAAAUCAAUUAUCAUCAUUACCAGAUAUAUUUUCAUCAACGCUUUAUGCUUUAAAAGUAUUAUAUUUAAACGGAAAUCAAUUCUAUGGUCAUUUACCUAUAACAAAAUCAUUGUUUAAUUUGGAAGAAUUAAAUUUAAUGAAUAAUCAAUUAACAUCAUUGAAUGGUAUUCACAAAUAUAGAGCAUUAUUGCAAUUAACAUUAGAUAAUAAUAAUAUUCAAGAAAUUCCAAUAGAUAUAAUAAAAUUACAGGAAUUAAGAACCUUAACUAUUAAAUUUAAUCAACUAGAAACAAUUCCAUAUCGUAUGGUUAAUCUUCGAAAGUUGGUAUACAUCGAUAUCGCGAAUAACAAUAUAACAGAAUAUGAAAAGGCGCUAAUUAAAUCUGAAUUCAAAUUAGUAGUUCCAGCGCUACGAUUUGUUUCUUUAUAA